GGGAGGGCAAUGGCGCCGCGGGGUGGCCGCCCCGUUGCCACAAGCAGAGCGCGCCCUGCUUGCGUCGUCCUGGCACCCGCCGCGGCCGGCCUACGUUAUAAUCGCGGCUAUAAAGGCAGCGGCGCCGUGGCGCCGCCCACAGCCGUGAGCCCCGGCGGGAGGCAUCAGCUCCUGCCGUGCUACCAUCGGAGGGCUCGCGGGUGGACGGGACAGGACAGGACAACGAGACCGCAGUAGCCCGUCCCGGUCACGCGCCCACCCGUGAGAGAGCUGCCCACGAGCAUGGCUGGCAGCUUGAAGAAGCUUGUCAAAGCCGAGAGCUGCCGGCUAAUGCAAGAGAAAUUAGAGAGCUGGUCUAAGGACUAUGAGAUCAAUUCCUGUGAUCAAAAUCUGAACCAGUGCUGUGAAUUAAUAGAAAUGACAUCUAUGAUUCAAGGGCAGCUCUUCACAAUCCUCAAUGAGACAUCUCAAGAUGGUGGGCAUUAUGCAGGUGUAGAGACAAUAAAAACUCGUCUCCUGCCGUGGUUAGGGACUUGGUUUUCCCAUGCUACUUCAGGAAGGCUUUUUGAAACUAGCCUCUCCUUGAAUCAGGAUUCAAUUGAGAAAGAGAGACAACUGAGGCAGACUUUUCAGCUGCAGGAGCUGCAGGAAGAACUGACAUCAACUCGUCUGGAACUUGACCAUGUGCAACAAGAUCUGGCACAAACCCAGUUGGCUCUUGAAGACACAAAGACCAAAUCAGCCACUACUCUUUUGACAGCAGCAGAUGAAAUUAUUCAGCUAAGAGCAGCUCUGAAGGCUUCCCGUGCCCGGGAGGAGGACUCUCUGAGGAGAUUAGAUCAUCUGAAUGACUGUGAGCAGCAGAUUGAAAUGUUGCGGGAUGAGCUUUCUAUUCUGGAUGCCCAGAAGUCUGUUUUGCAGAGCAGGAUUGCAAGGAGCCGCUCUCCUUCCCCGAGGCGCAUGAGGAGCAGGUCACCUAGUCCUCUUCCCCUGAGGAGCUGCUCACCUGGCCGAGCCAGGAGCACAAAUGCUUCACGGCACGCCUUCCUGGUUGCUCGCUUUGGGGACAUUUAUUCUAAAGAUCGCUUUGAUGCAGAGAGAAUUUUGAGGAUGUACAUCAGUGAUAUGGAGGUGGUGCAGAGGAUAAUAUACACAGCAGCAGUGGAGUCUUUCCAAGCAGCAAAGAUGGCCUACAGGCAGUUCAAAAUGCGUGUAAGAAAGACACUGUCUAUAGGGCACUCAGGGCCCGAGUCACUGGAGGACACUGUUAUGGAUUAUAUAGUUCGCCAUGAGGAUCUGUACGAUGUUCAAGCCAGCGUCAAUGAAGUGAUUCGCUCCAUGAGCAUCAACCCAAAGAUUUCAUCCACACCAGAAUUUGAUUUUGCUGUCAUCAGCAGUUUUAUUCGAGAGCUAUGCCGUGUGGCUUUUUCAAUGCAGACACUCACGCCUCCUCUUGAUAUUGCCUUUGGUAUGGAUGGUGAGCUCUUCAGUGAGACCAAGUAUCAUCGUAGCGUUGACUCAGAUUAUACAGCUGCAUUGGUGGCCUAUCAUGUGUGGCCUGCUCUAAUGGAAAAUGAUGUUGUGAUUGUGAAGGGAGAAGCAGUCACAAAAAGAGGAGCUCUGUGGUCUCACAGGAGCAGAAGUAGAAGUCGGAAUCGCAGCCGUAGCGUGAGUCCUCUUCUGUCUCACUUAUCUCGAAGCCGUAGUCCUUCACCACGGAGAAGUGGAAGUCCAAGUAGGGCAUUAAGAUAACUGGAUAAGUUCCUGUGAUUUUGUACAUCUGCAUCCAUCAACAUUGCUUGUGCCUUUUCCUCUUCAAGGAAUACCUCAAAUGUCGCAAUAAUGUGAAUGGCUGUGAACUCAAAAAGGACUGUAUUAUGUUGCUUUUUUUUCAGUGUGUUUUUAUAACUUUAGAAGUCUUAUUUAUGACCUAUUAUGACACUAAUUCAGCCCUUCCAAUUAAAAAAAAAAAAGUGCCAUAUAUGUUAUAUCAAUUUUGCAAAGGUUACAGAGCACUGAGGAACCCUUGCUGUAAUUAUGGAUGGAGACAGAUGCAAUAACUGUAGAAUGGUUUCCCUAGAUACCAAAUAUUUCAUUUUAUCUUGAUAGAAUCUUUAGCAUAACUUAGAUGGUGGAUGUUACGGAAUGUUGAUGUUAGUUGUUUCUUGAAAAUGAUUUAAUUAGCUGGUGCUUAUUUACAAUUUUAGAAAAUGAGAUGUGAAAUUCUCAGACACAUCCUUUUAAAUAUCUUCUUUGUCACAUGGAUGACUGUCUGGGGUCUUGAGUUUUUACAUAGAAAUAUAAGAUUCGUCAUAGUAAUUCUGAUACAUAAUUCACCAAGUUCACUGUUUCAUUCCAGUCAAUAUUUAAGUCUACAGCUUUCCCUAGAUUUAUCUCUGUGGUUUUGGGCAUGUAAACGAUUAGAAGGAAAAAAAAAAAAUCCUUUAUUUCUGCCUCCUGUUGCAAUAGCCUGUGCACUGGAACAUGACAGUUCAUUGCUGUUCCUGUAAUAGCAUGAACAAAAAUAUUUUAAAUGAUUCUGAAAUUAUUUUGUACUUAAAAUUAUGUUACAUGAACAAAUUCUGUGAUUUCUUUCCAGAGAUCUUGUACAGAUUCAUAUAUCCACACCCCUUCUCACUGCUUCUUGUGUGGUUUAAGACCUUGGCACUAAACUCUUUGGCACAGAUUUCAGGCAGCCUUUAGCAUUGGUCCGCAUGAGUUAUAAAUCAGCUGUACUCUUGUUCAACAAAUACAUUUUCAUUGGAAUUAGGCCUGUUAGGAGCCAGUGAGAGCAGAAUGAAGUCUCAUACAUUAAAGACCAUUCACAGAGUUUCCCCGAAUGAAUGAAGAAGACACAAGUGAGAGGUGUGUGGAUUUUAUGUGCUUUGCUUUAUCUGAGAAAAUCAAGAGAAAAUGCAAAGUGAUAUGAGUCCUCUUCUAAGAGCCUACUGAGAGCCAUUGCGGAUCUGGGCUUGAGGCAAACCUGCAUAUUUCUGCACUGAUCUCAUAAUUCAAACCACCACAGCUGUGGAAAAAACUGAGCACCUGCAGAUUGUGUGGCAACAGGAUAAUUAGGUAUCCCAAGUAUGAUUUUGAGCAACAAAAUGAAGAAUUUCUCAAAACCUUUUUAUUAGCAAUGGCUAAAGAAAUGCAAGUUUGUUUGUUUGUUUGUUUUU